UGUUUAACUUGCAAAACGGGAUACUAUCCAAGUACGACAUAUCCAUAUAAUUGUCAGGCCUGCAGCACUACAUGUACUGAUAAAUGCAAUACAUCAACGGGUGCGUGCACAUCGUGUGUUAAUGGAUAUGUACUCAAUCCAUCUGAUCCAUUGAAAUGCCAGGCGUGUUCUUCGUUCGACAAAAAUUGCAAGACGUGCGAAAACAAUGGCGUCAGAAAAUGUGUUGUUUGCAACACAAAAUAUUACCCAAAUAGCAUUGGGGUGUGUAUUAAUUGUGAUUUGGAUUCGUGCACCAAUUGUGAUGGUACAACUGGAAUUUGUUCGGAGUGUAAAAGUGGGUUUGUGCCAUUUGAAAACAAACAAAUUACAUGCGAAAGUUGUGAUUCGUUUGAUGAAAAUUGCGAAACUUGCUCAACAGAUCAAAUUAGAAAAUGUGUUAAAUGUUUGACAAAUUAUUAUCCAGGAGAUAACGGAGUAUGCAUAAUGUGUGAUUCAACAUGUGGGGGUAAUUGUGACACAACAAAUGGUCUUUGCACAACGUGUUUGACCAAUUAUGUAUUUACUGAGCCGAAGUCGAAGAAGUGUGAAAUGUGCAAUGUGUUUGAUGCGAAGUGUUUCAGUUGCUCACCAAACUACAUGAGAAGUUGCGUCAAAUGUGCUGCUGGCUAUUACCCACACCAGAACGGCACAUGUGUAUUGUGUGAUGCAAGUUGUGCGACCAAGUGCAACGCAUUGACGGGUGUGUGUGAGUCGUGUAUCAACAAUUAUGUGUAUUCCGAAUCGUCAUCAAAGAUGUGUGUAUCAUGUGAUGCAUUUGAUGCGCACUGCACAACAUGCAGCACAGACUCAACACGAAAAUGCAUUGUGUGCAACAGUGGGUAUUAUCCAAAGAGUGACGACGACUUCAGAUGCAGACUGUGUGACACUACGUGUGGCGGCAAGUGUGGUGGCACAACAGGGAUGUGCACUGGAUGUGACACAAACUACGUGCCAACAGCAUCACCAUCACUGACAUGCAUCAAAUGCAACACGUUUGACACUGAUUGUGUGACGUGUGCACCCGACAAGAGAGAGUGUGCUGUCUGUACAAAUGGGAAAUAUCCAGACGAAACAACCAAAACAUGCAAAGACUGUGACUCGACAUGCAACACACAAUGCAACACAACAAAUGGAAUGUGUACCGGUUGCCUGUCCAAUUACGUCUUCACAGAACCAGAAUCGCAGAGUUGUGUGAGUUGCAUUUCAUUUGAUGGACACUGCAAAACAUGUGCUUCCGAUUACACACGAAGUUGCAUCGAAUGUGUUGAUGGGUACUAUCCAGAUCAAUCGUCUCAUAUGUGUGUGCUAUGUAACACAAUAGAAGAAAGUUGUAGUAAAUGUAGUACAACAACAAAGAAAUGUACCAAUUGUGAAGACCCGUUCUAUAUUUCCUCUACAUUUGAAUGUGUGUCUUGUGAAAAUGGGACAUUCAAGAAUACAGAAAAGGGAUGUACACAAUGUUCCAAUUCCACUGAAUAUUGUCAAGAAUGUAUGACUGUAUCAGUGGGUAAACCCAAAUGUAUAACAUGUUAUCCUCCAUACAAAGUUUCUUCAAACGGAGAUUGUGUUAUUUGUGACAACAAUCAAUUUUAUAGUCAAAUAAAAGGGAUGUGUGUGUCGAACACUCCCGAAUGUCUUAUUCAACAUAAUGAAGAUGUUUGCCUUAAAUGCCACGAUAACCAUUUCUUAUCAAAUCAAAUGUGUGUAGCAUUGGGAAAAUGCGACUCUCAUGUUUCCAUAACAUCGUGUGAUAGUAACAAUCAAAUAUUAAUGAAUACAGGCGAAAAGACACAAAUUGUAAAUUGUAAAUAUCAGAAGAGUUCCCAAACAAGCAGUUUAUGUCUCAACUGUCAAGAUGACUAUUUACAAACAAACAUGGGUUGUGUUCAAAAAACAAUUUCAUCACACUUGAUUCGUAAUAAUGUGACAUAUUCGUGUGGAGAUGGUGAAUAUCUCAAUGGUAACGAGUGUGAGAGUUGUAGUAUUACAAACACCGAAUGUAUAAAAAUGAAUGAUAAUGUGUUGCAACUGAAUUGUGCAGAUAAUUUCAUUUACGAUGUUGAUAACUUGCAGUGUAUAACAGAUACGAAUUGUGCCACAAUAAACAACGAAAUGUGUGUUAUGUGUAAUUUGUCGUCAUAUGAUAUUGUGAAAGGGAAGUGUUCUGAAUGCACAUAUAACAAUUGUGAUAUUUGUUCUCAAACAAAAUGCAUGAAAUGUUCCCAGCACCAUUUAUUAGUCACUGAUAAUUGGUGUGUUGAUUCUUCCGAAUUGAAUUGUGUUAAGAGUAGUGAAUAUGGUUGUGUCCAAUGCAAUGAAGGGUUCUACCAAAGUGAUACCAAUAACAUCGAAGGGAAGUACUCGUAUUGUCUUCCAAUUCCACGAGAAGACAACUGCAAAUAUCUCACAACAUCGAAUUCCAAAUGUGUAGAGUGUUACAACUCUUAUAAAUUGAGAAAUGGGGUUUGUGCCGAGUAUUUUGAUGAUAAUGUUGAUAUGAUAUCUUCCAUAUUACUUCGUAGUAAUAAAUCUUCAAUCAAAGAGUCAUUGGAAAGUAUAUGUAUGACUCGAACAAAUAAAGGGUGUCAACAUUGUUCUAUCGGGUAUUAUUUAUCAAAUGAGAAGUGUAUACAAUGCUCCAACAAUUGUUAUAGUUGUUACAAUUCGACAUAUUGCAUUUCAUGUGAAAAUGGGUACUUCUUAAAUUCGCAAAUGGAGUGUAAAUCACUUGGGGAUUUGAAAGACAAGUGUUCUAUGCCAUUACCGACAGGUGGUGGAUGUGCCAUCUGUAAAGAUGGCUUUUAUAAAGUUGAAAAAGAUUGUAUAUCAUGUGAUGAAUCCUGUGGAACAUGUUUGAAUUCAUAUCAAUGCUCCUCGUGUGCUGAAGGAUAUUACCAAAUACAAGGAGAAACUCAGUUGUGUUUGUCCAACACAACUUUAUCAAAUUGUAUUAAAAGUAACAGUUAUGGGUGUGAGAUGUGUAUGGAUCGCUAUCAUCUCAGUAAUUACAGAUGUUCCAAAUGUUCUUCCAAUUGUAUAUCAUGUCAAACUGAAGAUGUGUGCACUCUAUGUGAAAUUACAGACUUUGUAUUAGUAAACAACAACUGCACACAUUUUUCGGAUAUCGAGUGGUGUCUGAAAGCUUCAAAUUCGAAGUGUAAUAAAUGCAAAGUCAAUUAUAAACCCUCAGAAAUAGGCGACUCAUGUCUCUAUUCUCUCAAUUUGGGUAUUGCUGUUGGUAUCCCCAUAUCCAUUGUAAUAGUGAUAAUAAUAAUUGUCACAACUAUCAUUGUUGUCACUGUAAUAUUAAUUCAACGCAAAAAGGAAAGGAUUAAAGAGAAGAAUGUGUGCACCUUUAAGAUGGAUCGUUCUAAUAUUCAAAUGUCAAAGUUGAACUCGAUAUUACUGUCUAACAAAAAACUCUUGAAGUUCGAUUUGGACACUGAUGAUGCCAUCCCAGUCGACAAAGAGUCUCGCGACUUGAUUUGCAUUGGAAAUUCAUCGCCUCAUAGAAUUAAAUUACAGUUCAGUGUAAUGGACAAUUGUGAUUAUUAUAGCAUUCGUACACUCCCUUCAUUAGUUAAUUUGAAAAAAGGAGAAGCCUGUGAAUUUGAGAUAAUUAUUAAGCCACUGUGUUCCUGUCAAAUUAAUGAAAAUAUGAUGGUCACUGUUUUAGAUAUUAAAACGUGUCUACAAACAGUGCAAAAGAUUCCAAUUGAAGUAACGACAGAACAAUCAACUAAAUUGAAUUACAGAGAACUCGAGGAAGAUAAGAAAAUUGGUGAAGGCUCUUUUGGUGUUAUUUUUAAAGGACAUUACAGAGGAAACAAAGUUGCAAUUAAAAAGAUGAAACAAUUAAACAACACUAACAACGCGCUUACAGAAUUUGAACAUGAAGUUUCGAUGUUAGACAAGUUCCGAUGUAAUUAUAUUGUUCACUUUUAUGGUGCUGUAUUUGUACCAAAUAAGAUAUGUAUGGUCACUGAAUUCGCACAAUUUGGAAGUUUAAACGACUUAAUAAAACACAAAAAGGCUGAAGAAGUUAAAGAUAAGUUGCGUAUCAAGUUUAUGUAUGACGCAGCAAAAGGGAUUUUGUAUUUACACAACAAUGGAAUAAUGCACAGAGACAUUAAGCCAGACAAUAUUCUUGUCUUUUCACUUGAUUUAAAUAAUACAGUGAAUGCCAAAUUGACUGACUUUGGAAGUAGUAGAAACGUCAAUUUACUAAUGACUAACAUGACAUUCACUAAAGGCGUUGGUACACCAAAAUAUAUGGCGCCGGAAAUUUUGAACAAAGAAAAGUAUAAAAAGAGUGCUGACAUUUAUUCAUUUGGUGUAUCUUUGUUUGAGUGUGCUACAUGGAAAGAUCCAUAUCACGAAAAACGAUUUAAAUUUGCAUGGGAUAUUGUUGACUUUGUUGUAAGUGGGAAACGCUUGGAAAAGCCGAUUUACUUAAACGGUGAUAUAUACAACUUUGUGAACGAUAUGUGGUGUCAAGACGUUCACAAUAGAAUCCAAAUAACAGAAGUGGUCAAGAGAUUUGAAAAAGUUUAUUUAAGUCUUUAA